GACAUUUUUUUCAGCGGGUGGAAAAAUACACAGUCUUGUUCACCUUUAUCCUACAAAAGAUAAGACAUGGUCCAUGAUGGGCUGCUAAGUUAACAGCACAACAAAGCAAACAGCAGUUGUUUAUCAGGUUGUCUGUAUUUACAUCCUCUGUGUUCGUCCCAUUAUCAGUGUGAACUACAGAACAUGGCUGCUCAGGACUCUUUUAACCCCUUCAGCCCAGAGGAGACCCAGAGGAUUCUGCAUCACCUGCAGCAGCCCGCCGUCUUCAUGAACAUGACCGGUGGCUGGCCUGUUCUCCACUGGACGGUAGAGCACCUGUCAGGUUGCCUCGGUGACAAACUCAUCCGAUUCAGACUUGGGAGGAAAGAGGAGACUAACACACCUCUGUUUGAAACCCAGUGUUCCUACGUGGAGGCCAAACUGGAGCAGUUUCUCAGCUGGACAAAGGACCAGGCCGGGGCAGAUUUAGGGCCUUUUUGUGAAUACCCCAAAUCAGAAUACUGGGCCUAUGCUGACUACAAAUACAUUGCUAUGUUGUUUCAAGAACAGCCGUCCAUGUUUGAGGAUGUAAAGUGGUCCGAGUUUGGUUUUGAGGGACGUAAUGGGAGGGAGAGCACCUUAUGGAUCGGCACAGAGGGGGCCAACACGCCAUGCCACCUGGACUCUUAUGGCUGUAACUUGGUGCUGCAGGUACAAGGACGGAAGCGCUGGCACCUUUUCUCUCCAGAGGACACUGUGAGGCUGUACCCCACCAGGAUCCCCUAUGAGGAGUCCAGCGUCUUCAGCCAGGUGGAUGUUCUCCACCCAGACCUGAGGAGGUUCCCUAAAUUUAAGGGGGCGAGGAUGCACACCGUCACUCUGCAGCCGGGACAGGUGCUUUAUGUCCCCCGACACUGGUGGCACUAUGUGGACUCUGUGGACCCGCUCACUGUCAGCGUCAACUCCUGGAUCGAGCUGGAAGCAGAUGACGUGGCGAGAGUCGGUGAGGCUGUCGUCUGCGCCCUCAAAAGUGACGACGACCCUGACGACUGGCUCAACCCCACUGAGGAAGGCGUAGCGUCUCAUAACGAGAACAUGCAGUGUGUGAACCUGGCAGUGAGAGCCUGUUCUGAGAGACACAGAAAACUGACCCAGGACCCCAGAGACCUCCAUCCGGUCAAGCGGGACUCCAGAGGACAAAUCAAGAAAAACAGCGAUUCUGUCGGGGGUUCUGCGCCCUACAGUGUUCCCUUUGGACCACAUCUCGUCCCUGUACGCUGUCAGCAAGAGCACUUCCUGGAGGACGAAUCUUCCAGCUACUGUGACGUCAGAUCUCAAGAGGACGCCGCUGUCGGCUCGGACGCAGCACCGAGAGCCAAACCUGCAUCUGCUGUCAGGCUGUGCCAGGAAAAACACGAUUUAACUCGGUGUGGAUCAUGUGACGCUGCAGAUGGGACGUCGGAAAACUCCUCAGGCGAUUGUGAGGAACCAGCACACACAACGAUAACCACCAACGACCUGCUGGACUGCCUGGUGCAUCCUGACGUCAUCAGCCGUGUCACUGAGCUUUUACUGGAGAGGCACACAGGAAGCCACAGGACCUGCACGCCAUCUUAGCUUUAAAGGCGCUCUCUGUAACUUUACACAUGUAUUACUCAUUUUUUAUUUCCAGUGGGUGAACAGGUUGUAACAUAACUGUAAACAUAAAAACUGAGACCUGACCCGCCUUUCUCAGCGGCCUCUAACAGCCGGUGGACUGACUUCUACGUAAAGCACUCGAGCUGAAUUUUUUUCCAGAAAAUCGUAAAAAUGUGAUGUCAUACGGGUUCCCGUGCCUUGCUUCUCUCCUAAUUUUGUAUUUCAGUAGUCUACAUUUGUUCAGAGGACUUUUCAAGACAUCAAGAUAUAUGUAUGUAUAUAAGAUAUAUAUUGUGUAUCGUGAUAUAGGCUAAAAAUAUCAUGAAACAUUAGAGAACUUUUUUUUUUUAAUAUGAUCCCAAUUGUUUUUCCAGCAUUAUAUCAAUGUUUUGGCGGUCAAUCAUGUUCAGUCGUGUUUGUUGCUGUUCUGACCGAUAUUUUAUAAAAUCAAUAGAUUUCUAUUUAUAGGUUGCAGAUAAAACUUCAGUCAGUCAGUCAUUUUCUGUAACCGCUUGUCCUCGUAAGGGUCGCAGGUGCAGAUAAAACUUAUUUUAUAUAAUAUUUAUAAAACUAGGCCGUCUCUGCCGUUGAAAGAUGGAAAUACUUUUGAAAUUGGUGCUACAUGACCAGAGAAAACCUACAACUACCAGAAUGCAACGCGCCUGAUCAGACCAUUAACCGCUCUCACUGGUGGGUGACGUGAUGUGGGCUGGGCUGCGUGAAACUGUGGCGACCGGCGUUCUUGUGUUAUAGUUAAACGGGAAGCUAAAAACAUAUUUCUGUAAAACAUUUGAGGCAGGAAAUAUGAAACACAGUAACAGAUCUUGGUUUAAAUUUGAUCAGUUCUGCUUAGUUUUACCUAAAACUCGCCCAGUUUUCACUGCGCAGGAAGCAGUGUGGCGCCCACUUCCUGUUCAAGUCUCACGAAACAGGGCAUUAUAAAAACAUUUCUAAACACAUUUUAGGUGAA